AGUUCACUGUAGGGAUAAAGAUCACGGAUUACGGUUUUGCUUGGAAGAGGAACAGGGUGUUACAUUUUCUAUCAUGAAAGGAAAGCUUCUAAAGUUGUUUUGCCUCAUGCCAGAACACUGAAUAUAAUAUAUUUUUUAUUAUACUGCUGUUUUUGUUAUGUAUCUAUACUUCUAAGUUUGGACACAUGGACUGAUCAGAAGUUUUUCACAUCUUGGAAUAAUGAUUGACUCCUCCCGGAAUCAUCUUUAUUUGGGGAUUUAACAGUGGUUGUUGUUUUCUUUUUAACUUUUAUCUUUUUAAAGACUGUAGAUUUAUAACACAUUUUUCAAAAGCUAUGGAAUUAUCUGUGCGAAUUCAUCUUUUUACAUCUUUUCUCUCCUUUAUUAAGGUUUAUGCUCAAGUGAUUCUACCUGUGAAGCAUCCAGGCCUGCAGGUGUUGGCCACGGCUUCUCAUUAUUGGCCUCUCGAUGCUGUGGACGGAAUCCAUGAGCUGUGGGACAAGAUUGGAAACAGACCAGGUUAUGUUAACGGAAGUAACAUAAACAUUGUUGAAGGAAUGGUCAAUAAGGGCAUAUUUCUAAAUGGAGAUAAUGGUGGUACGUUUCUCCACUUUGGAAAAUACCAGAACUCUUGUAUCAGUGACCCUUCUUGGUGUGGUCCUGAGGGGAUUACCUUCUCCUUUUUCUGGAAAAACCUUGAGUAUGAGUCCCGUUUUGCUGUAGCGUCUGGGGGGAAAGUUAUCUCUAAUGGCUUCUCGGUCUACACCAAUCACUUUGGAGGAUACGUGGAGUUUUACACUCGGGCGAACAACCACCGAUGGAAGGUCAAGAUCAAAGUUCCAGGACCUUACUGGACCCACAUUCUCUUCACAUGGACAGUAAAGGAUGGCCUGAAGGUCUUCACCAAUGGGACCUUUACUGCUGGUGACCCAGAUGGCAGUGUCUCCGAUAACUAUGGAGACCCCUACCCUGACCUUGUCAUUGGAACAGGCAACGACAGAGCAUAUGGUCACUAUGUAACUGGUGCCUUCGAUGAGUUCGUCAUCUGGGAAAGAGCACUGCCUCCUGGUGAGAUCUCCCUCUACUACGGUGCAGCCACAGGCCAGGCCUUGGUUUCUGCCACAACACCCAAGGUCUCCGAAGAAGUCACUUCAUCUGCACCAACAGUUAGAUCCACUGAAGUGAGUCCUCCUGUCGUCAGCCGUCAACACAAGGAGGACCAAAGCUCCCAAGACCCGGAGUCCUUGCCAGUGUUGGGCUUCCUAACCGCGCUGCCCAAUAUGACCAUCCCUUACAACACUGCCCACAACCUCACACAGGCUUUUCUCAAAAGUGUGGAAGAAGUGCUGUCCUCUCCAGGGCUGCCAGAGUUUUCUGUUUUGAAGCAGCAGUCCAUCCCUGUGGUCAGCGGUCUGAUCGAGACCGUGGACAGAGUGAUGGAACACAUGGUGACUAACCUGGAGCCCAGAUCCAAUACUCUGAUCUCCCUGGGUGGACAAUCCUUUAUUGCAGAUUACUCUCUGAUGAAAUUCUCACAGAACUACAACCUGCAACAUUACCGCUUCCCCAAACUGGGCAAGAGUUACAUCUCCGUGCCUGGGGAGGCUUUUACCAUGCAGUCUCAAACCACCAUUGUUGGGCUCUUCUACCACAACAUGCACAACUAUUACAAAGAGAUCAGCCCUGUCAAGACAAGGAUUAACGAAGCGUCUGAUUUCAAGGAUCAUAAAAUCCAAGUAGCCAGCUAUCUGAUUUCUCUGAAAGUGGAGCCUUCACCCGCCCUAUCAGUCAACCUCUCUGGAGCACCACUCAUCAAGAUUGUCCUCACACACAUCCUGAGCAAGGAACAGCAAGAGCAAGUCCUAAAUCAGAGCAAUAAAGUGUUCCUGUACUGUGCCUUCUUGGACUACAGUUCAAAUGAGGGCGUAUGGUCAAACGAGGGUUGUGUACGCUCAGAUGGAAACUUGACGUAUUCUGUGUGUUUGUGCAACCACCUUACCAACUUUGCCAUACUGAUGCAAGUGGUGCCCUUAAAGCUCACCACUGGCCACAGGGUGGCACUAUCAACCAUUGGUUAUGUUGGCUGCUCAAUAUCCAUCUUCUGUCUCGCCAUCACUCUGGUCACUUUUGCAGUUCUGUCGUCAGUGAGUACCAUCCGUAACCAACGCUACCACAUCCACGCAAACCUGUCCUUCGCCAUCCUGGUGGCUGAGAUCUUACUGCUCAUCAGCGCCCGCUUUGAACCGGGCACGCUGCCAUGUAAAGUCAUGGCUGUCCUGCUUCACUUCUUCUUUCUGAGUGCCUUCGCCUGGAUGUUGGUGGAGGGCCUCCACCUCUACAGCAUGGUGGUCAAGGUGUUCGGCUCUGAGGGCAGCAAACACUUUUACUACUAUGGCAUCGGCUGGGGCUCUCCACUGGUGAUAUGUGUUGUGUCCAUGACAUCAGCUCUGAACAGUUAUGGCGAGGUCGACAACUGUUGGCUGUCAUUGACGAAUGGAGCCAUCUGGGCAUUUGUGGCACCGGCUCUGUUUGUCAUUGUGGUGAACAUUGGCAUACUGAUAUCUGUGACCAGGAUCAUUUCUCGGAUCAGUGGAGAGAGUUACAAGGUUCAUGGAGAUGCCAAUGCAGUCAAGCUGACAGUAAAGGCAGUGGCUGUUCUCCUGCCUAUACUCGGCAUUUCCUGGAUCUUUGGCGUUCUCGCUGUCAACACUCACUCAUUGCCCUUCCUGUAUAUUUUUGCUGUAUUCAACUCGUUACAGGGGUUCUUUGUGUUCUUGUUUCACUGUCUUCUCAACUCUGAGGUCAGAGCUGCUUUCAAACACAAAACCAAGGUGUGGUCUCUCACCAGCAGCUCCAUCCGAAACAUUAAUGUGAAGCCAUUCAACUCUGACAUUAUGAAUGGAAACAAGGAGGGCGUGACACCCACCAAGAUGAACACAUGGGACAAAAGCACCAACUCGGCCAAUCGCAUCGACCUCUCCGCCGUGUAGAGGGAGAGUGAUCUGAAGCUCACUAGUGUAGCACGACAAACACUGGCCAGAGUGUUCUCUCACUAUGUUAUGUAAAGAAUUGGACACUCAUCCAUAGUGAAACCAAUGUAGAUGUUGUGUAUAGCUUCACCUUUAAAGACAAACAGACUUUAAGGACUGUGCCUUAUUAUUGUCUCGCAAAAACAUAUUGUGUUCUCAAAAACAAGAGCAGGGAUUUCUGAGGAGGUCAGUUAAAGUCAAAACAUCCAGGAGGGCAGUUCAGGGUCUGGGAAGGGCGUUCUGCAUCCUGAUUUGUUGCAUGGUCCACUGGUAUAUUGCUGUUGGUUUUCUAAUUGGCCACAGAAAAUGUACGAUAUAAAGCCAUUUGUAUUAUUAUUAAUUAAAAAACGUUUUUCAAAAGAUUUGGCAUGAGUUACACAUGUUUGUAACCCUAAAGGGAUAAAAAAACAAUAUUAGUUGAAUAAAUAAAAUCAUCUGCUGGCGCCAUAUUUAUUAUGCAGAUAAGAGACUCGAAGCAAUCAGAUUUUUUUCCAAAAGGUCCAAAUAUAUUACUCUAAAUCAAAAAUGAUAUGUUUUGACAUUUAUGUUGUCUCACACAAUCAAAUAGUGCAAAUACACCUGCCUGAAUUUACUUCAAAAGUUAUAAGUAUUUGCAGGGUAUUGUUGGGUACAAAUAAAUAAACUUCGAUAUAAUUAAAAAGAAGGAAAGCAGUCAAAUGUUCUCAAAUAUACUGUUAUAUUCAUGCACUAUAAACAACAACAUAGUGGUUUGACCAGCUGUAGUAUGGGAUUUUCACAGAUUCACCUGAUUAAUUCAGCUUUAAUCCAAUAUUGGGGACGGCGCAAAAACAACUGAAUGAAAAUAAUGGAUGCAGCAGCAGAUAAUUAGACCAUAUGUAAUUCUGAUAUAAUGUAUUUAUUUAUUGUGUGAAUCAGAUUUCUGUAUCAUGUCUUCUGCGAAGUGUCACAGCUCAACAAUAGGUUUUCUCAUGUUAAAUUCUGUCUAUUUGUGUUUUUUCCUCUCUUGAAAUGAACUGGAUUUGCAGUACCUCACAACUUAGUAAGCUGCAGUAUGUUAUGCUUCUUGAGGAAAAGUGAAUACUGGUUGUGUUUUUGACACAAUUCUGUGAAGGUGUCUAUAUACUUCAGUUGCUAAUUUCUUUUUAAUUUCCAUAUUUUUUUGUAUGAUGAAAUAUGUUUUACAACAGAGGGACUUUAUAAGAUGGUUUUUUUCUUCUUAAAAUACUGUGAGAAUGGAGGGAGAUAACAUAAUUUGAAAUGUUAUUGAUCUUACACUGUACCAAAAUUAACUUUCCUUAAAGCAGGAUUUACUGUAAGUGACUAUGCGCUCACUUUUCCUGUCAAAUGUAAACAUUUCAAUAUUUCUAAGCUUGUAAAGCCUUUAAUGAUGGUUGUCUUAAGGUACUAUUAUUUGUGCUUCCAAUUAUCUUUAUUAUAAAACGUUU